AUGGUCCGGCCUAUUGCUGUCAUUCGGGAAACAUGGAAUAUCUACACGCCUGUCGAGCGCAGGAACAUCGCCAUGUACAUCGCUGGCAUAAUGAUGUACAAGUUCGGACUCGAGGCUUUCAACGGAUCUGUUAUUGCGCUUGCGACCAAUCGAUACGAUGAUCUUGGCGAGAGGACGCAUACUUCCAUCACAUUCCAACGUGUGGGUGUGUUGACGGGACUUAAUCAGGCCUUUCAGUGUGUCGGUUCAAUCCUAAUCGCUCCACUCAUCAAAAGAUAUCCAACCAAGAACGUUUUGGCUUGCGCAGUGCUCAUAUUUGCCCUCAUGAGCAGUCUUCUACUGAUUCUGGAUGCUGCAACUGGUGGCAGAUUCGCGCCGCGCGGAUGGCCGGAGGAUGACUUUAGUUACUACGGUGACUACAACACGGACGCCAUGAUACCUAUUUAUUGCGUCUGCGGUAUAGUUUAUGGCAUGGUUGAAUUGAUCCGACGAGUUAUCCCUCGAGAUUUGGUCGGCGGCCACAUUCAGAAACUCCGACGAAUGGACUCUCUAGUCCACAUCUUCUACGAGAUUAGCGGUACUGCUGGUGCAUUUUGCACAGCACUCGCACUCAUUCCUCGCUUCGGCAACAACUUCAGCUUCAUCAUCACCCCCAUCUUUUUCGCCGCCGCAUCAAUACUCUGGUACUUCAUCCAAGAAGCUAGCAUCCCGAAGGAGAAUACGUCUUUGAUCUCAGAGAGCCAACCGGCUUACGUCAAAGCCGUGAUAAACGGCUUCUACCUUUUCUUCGAGUCGAUCGGAACUGGUGCUAAGAUCAUCUUCACACACCGCAAGUUUAUCUGGCUGUUGCCUGGAUAUGCCGUUGCACUCUACGCUCACCGAUAUCUCGAGAACGCGAUCGCUCCUGCAGUAGCACGACGUUACUUUGGUAACUCGGCCUGGUCACAGAUUAUAGUGGGAGGUUCAAACUUUGGCGAACUUCUGGGAGCCUUGUUCGUGUUCAUGUUCACCAACUUGGUACACACCCCGAUACCAUGGCUGCGGCUAGACGCACUGGCUCUGCUGAUAGUUUGGUACCUGCCGUACUGGAACCCCCCAAAGGAUGAUGUCGCCCAAGCUUGGAUCGUAGGAGCCACAUUCCUCCCCAUCAGUUUUGGGUGGGCUGCCGGAGACGUAUCGCUGGCCGCAUACAUCCAGGCAUCGCUAGCACGCAUCGAAUCGAAGACACAAAACGUAUCCGCACUCGGAGCCGUCAUGGCGUUCCUAUAUAGCACAUACAUUGUCACUUACGCAAUCGCAUCCGUUUCCCUCGGUACAUACAUCGACCGCGUUUCGGAUCGCCACAAUGACCAGAUUCACGGGGCUAUACUGAAUGUAGGCGCCGUACAGUUUACCAUAAUCUGUGUGCUGGUCAUGACAAGCACAUUUGUUCCAAAGGGCGCCUUUUCACUCAACCCAGAAAUGCUGAACGAGGAAGACUUGGAUACUGAUCUAGAGGAUGAAGAUUUGGAGUAUGUGCCUGGAGUUCAUGCCAAAGGCAAACAAAGCUAUGAAAGCCACGAGAUGGUCAGAGCCGGAGGUGUAACAACCCCCCAGGCAGACCUUCUAGCCUCGAAAUCAAACUACGAGCUUAUCUCUUCUGGCCAACACCUAGAGAUGGGUCUGCACUUUAGCACCGCCAUGGCCACAGGCGUAAUGAUGAAGCGCGCCACCCACCGCGCUGCAGAACAAGCGCGCCGUGACAGGAUGAAGAACGCCAUGGUGGACCUUGCGGAAUUUCUCCUCGAUGGUGAAGUUACUUUUGGCAGUGGCACUACGUGUUUUGUUGUCAUGCGAGGGAAAGAUGGUGCGGACGGCAGCGAAAAAACCUCGGCAGACGAUGCCAGUAAUGGGAAAAGUGGGAAAGGUGUGCCGCCUGGGGAUUCUGUGCCGGGAGAGAAGAAGACGGUCAACAAAGCGAGGUUGAUUGAAAUGGCGCUCGAGAAGAUGAAGGCACAGGAAAAAGAGAUUGAGAUGUUGAGGAAGGAGAUCGAGGAUCUGAGGACAGAAGACAAGAUGGAUGUGUCGUAG